AUGGACAUGCGGCACGCCGUCAUACUGCACCCGGACCGCCGGACAAAACGCGGCUCACCAAUAUUCCGAUCAGUAUCACGACAUCAUUAUCUGUACCUUCAGCUCCCCCGCCUUCACCCCACCCUCGCCCCCUCCUCAUUCACAUCAUCGUCCUUCUCAUCCCCUCCAAAACCCAUCGUUCGACACACGGUACAGAGCAGGACAUUCAGGACAUUCACAUACUCCACCACGAAUGCCAACAUGGCACCCAUCCCCUCCACCAUGACCGCCAUCCGGAUCCCGCACACGGGCGGCCCGGAAGUCCUCUCCCAAGACACCGUCCCGCUUCCGACACUCAAAGAAGGCGAGAUCCUCGUCCGCAACGCUCUCGCCGGCGUUAACUUCAUCGACACGUACUUCCGUACCGGCCUCUACCCCGUCCCCCCCUCCCACUUCCCGCUGACCCUGGGCCGCGAAGCCGCCGGCACCAUAGCCGCCGUGCACCCUUCCGUCUCCGACCUGAAGGAAGGCGACAGGGUCGUCUUCAUGGGCACCGUGGGCGCCUACGCCAACUACUCCGCCGUCCCCGCCGCUCAGGCCGUCCGCGUCCCGGACGCGCUCUCCCUCGACAAAGCCGCCGCCGUCUGGCUCCAGGGUCUCACCGCCUGGACGUUCGUCCGCGAGGCCGGCGAGGUGAAGAGCGGCGAGUGGGUCCUCGUCCACGCCGCGGCCGGCGGCGUCGGGGGUUUGCUGGUGCAGAUGCUCGCUGCGGUCGGGGCGCGCGUCAUUGCCACGGCCGGGAGCGACGAGAAGUGCCAGGUCGCCAGGCGUUACGGUGCCGGCUGGGUCCUCAACUCGCGGAGGGAGGAUCUUGCGGAUGAGGUUCUGCGUAUUACCCAAGGCCACGGCGUGGAUGUCGUGUUCGAUGGUGUCGGGAAGGCGACGUUCGAUUUCGACUUGAUCGUGGCGGCACGGAAGGCGAGGGUUCUCAGUUUUGGCAACGCUUCCGGAGCUGUGCCUCCCGUAGAUAUCCUGCGGCUCGGUGCCAAGAACAUCAAGCUUGCUCGUCCCGUGGUGAACAACUACGUCGCCACGCGCGAGGAGCUCGAAACAUACGGCAAGGAGCUCCUGGACAUGGUCACUGCCGGCAAAGUCCAGGUCCCCAUCCACAAGAUCUAUGACCUCGCUGAUUCCGCCAGCGCUCAUCGCGACCUCGAGGGGCGCAAGACCGUUGGCAAGCUACUCAUCAAGACGGAAUAA